UAUGAAUACUCUAAAUAGUAUGACAAAUCCUUAUAACAUGCCUUCGACACCAUAUGGUGGAAUUUUAGAUGCAGAUGGAUGUAGAAUGCUUGCUCGAAAGAUACUCUCAACAUAUGAUCGUACUAAAUACUUUAAUGAUUUCAAUAGUUAGUAAUAAAGGAUAUAUUGAUGUUGUCGACAUUGGAUCUAUGUUUACUGAUACAUAUAGAUCAUAAAAUAUUGUUACAAAACCUAAAGUUAAUGAAACUAAUGGAUUUAUGAAAGCAAUUAACAGUAAAUUUAUUAUCAUAAUCUUAUAACUUAGAAACUUCUUAAAAUCGAUUAACUUUGUAGGAUAUUGAAUAAUAUUGUUUAAAAAAGUUUUGUGGUACUCCAUAUCAUUUCAAGCAAUAAUAAUAAAUGAAUAAGUAAGAUUUUCAUAUUUAGAUAAGAUAACCAAAUUAUAUUGAAGAACGUUUAGAAGUAGCUAGAACAUUAUUUAAGAAACUUGAUGCUGAUGGAUCAGGUUAUAUAACAGAGGAUGAAGUUUAUGAAAUUAUUAGAGAAACAUAUAGAUAAAUGGGUAUAUAUGUAUUCAAAUUUAGGCAUGAAAUAUGAACCAACACCUGAUGAUGUGAGAAGUUGGAUACAAAUGACUGAUUCUGAUGGAGAUGGAAAAGUUACUUUAGAAGAUUAUGAAAAUUUAGUUUUGAAAUCUUUACAAUAAUAAGCUAUCUCUUAUAAUUUAAGUUGA